AGAGUUUGGGACCAAAGUGCGAAAAUGAGGGCUUGCUUUCUCUCUGUUUCUAUGUAGAACAACAACAAACAAAUACACACACAAAACACAGACGCACACACGUAUAUAUAUCCGUCAGAUUUGCUCAGACAAUUGUUUCUUCUUCGAUCUGUAAGUUAAUUAAUUACUUCAUACAUGAAUUUUCUCUCGUUUUAUCACUCUAAUCCCUUGAAUUGAAUCAGCAAUUUCCACAAUUUCACAAUUUUCGGUGUGUUUUUGGGUUUGAUUUUGGUGAUUUUUGAGAUUGUUGAGAUUAAAUGAAAACCCUAGAUCUUUCCGGGUAGUGUUUUUUCGUAAAUAAUUGAGGUUUUGAGGUCGGAUCUGAUACUUGUUAGCUAGAUUUUGAAGUUGAAUUUAGAGAAUUUUGUAAGCCAAUUUUGUUAGGGUUAGGAUUUUUUAUUGAGUAAAAUUGAUGGCUUCGAAUCCUCCAUUUCUACUGGAGGAUCAGACGGAUGAGGAUUUCUUCGAUAAAUUGGUCAAUGAUGAUGACGAUGAUGUUGGUUUUAAUGUAACUACACCGGGACCAGGCUUGGGCAUGAGCUCGAGCCCGGUGUACAUCCAUGGGAAUGACUCUGAUGAGGUUAAAGCAUUUGCUAAUCUCAGUAUCAGUGAUGAUACCAGUGCUAGAGCUGAUAAUAUAAGGGAGGAGAGUAGUGGUUUUCAGGCAACUACAUCGUCAGCAGAACCAGGACUGGACUUGGACGCUAGCCAGGUCUACGUCGAUGGGAAUGAAUCUGAUGAGGUUAAAGCCUUUGCUAAUCUCAGUAUCAGUGAUGAUAGCAAUAGUGGAGUUGAUAUUACAAGUGGUGAUAAAGGUGUUAAUUGCAAUGCUAAAACAGCGUUAAUUGCUGAGGGGAAUGGAGAGAAGAAGAGUAGUGGUUCUUUAAUGUCAUUGGCUUCUGGGGGGUCGGAUGGUUUACUCGAGUCGAGCAAUGGUAAUAUGGAGACUGAGGUAACGGCUGAUAAGACGGAGAAUCACACUGGUGGAUCAGGCAAUUCGGGUGUGAAGGAGGUUGGGUGGAGUGCAUUUCAUGCUGAUCCAGUUGCAAAUGGCGAUAAUUCUGGGUUUGGAUCAUACAUGGACUUUUUCAGUGAAUUGGGGGAUAAUAAUGAUGGUGAUGCAAUUGAAAAUGCUGGGGAGAAUGUGAAUAAGGAGUCAACUGUUGUGCCAGCCGAUCAAGUUCAUGACACGAAACAAGUUCAUGAAAUGUCGUAUUUGGAUAAUACUAGCAGUUCGUUAACACAGGGUCAAGAUGGGUACGGCUAUGAUGCUACCACAGGACAAGUUGCAGAUGGACAUGAUCUAAAUAGUAGUCAAUACUGGGAAGAUCUUUAUCCGGGAUGGAAGUAUGAUGCAAACACUGGGCAGUGGUAUCAGGUUGAUAGUAUUGAUUCAGGUGCUAAUGCCCAAGGGAGUACUGAUUCUAAUUUGGUUUCUGAUUGGGCAGUUUCUGAUGGAACGCCAGAGGUCUCGUACCUACAGCAAGAUGCUCAGUCUGUUUCUGGUAACGCGGCUGAGAGUGGUACGACUGAGAGUGUCACUAAUUGGAAUCAGGUUUCCCAGGUAAGCAAUGCUACUGAGAACGUGGCAAACUGGAAUCAGGCUUCACAGACGAGUGACAGUGGCGGGGUUGUGACUGACUGGAAUCAGGUGUCACUGGCUAGUGAUGCAGGUGGUGUCAUGACUGACUGGAAUCAGGCCUCACAAAUCAACAAUGGGUAUCCAUCGCAUAUGGUUUUUGAUCCUCAGUACCCUGGUUGGUAUUACGAUACGAUUGCGCUUGAAUGGCGCUCUCUGGAGAGCUACGCAUCGUCUGCUCAAUCAACUGUUCAAGGUGAGAGCCAGCUGGAUCAGACUGGUUUGGCUUCGCAGCAGACUUUCUCUCACAAUGAUGAUCAAAGGAAUUACGGGCACAAAGAGAAUAGUGGAUUCCAAGGGUUUAGCAGUGGAGGAGGAGAUUACAACUGGUCUGGCUCUUUUAGUAAUUACAAUGAGAAUAGCUCAAAUUUGUCGCAAAAUGAAAAUGUUGCAAAGAGUUACCCUGUAUCAGAAUAUAGGGGGAUUCAGCAAUUAGAGAAUCACUACAACCAAGAUUUUUCUACAAGCAGCGAUGUUAAUAGGCAAAUGUCUAAUCAUUAUGAGGGAACAGUUCCAUACAAUGCAAAAGCAAUUCAAAGUCAAGGUAACCAAGGCUUUUUCUCUGGUGGGGGUUUUGGUCAGCAAUUUUGUCAGCCAACACUUCAGCAACAUGAGCAAAAGCAUGCCUUAAGUGAUUAUUACGGGAGUCAAACCACAGCCAAUUAUUCCCAGCAAGCAUUUCAGAGCAGCCAGCAGUUUUCUCAUGCUCCUGCUGCAGGAAGAUCAUCGGCUGGGCGUCCACUACAUGCUUUAGUCACUUUUGGUUUUGGUGGAAAACUGAUUGUGAUGAAAGAUAAUAGUUCCUUUGGAAACCAAUCCUUUGGAAGUCAGAAUCCUGUAGGAGGUUCAAUAUCUGUGCUCAACUUGAUGGAUGUUGUCUUUGAGAGAGUUGACACUUCAAGCCUUGCGAUGGGGGCAUGUGAGUAUACCCGAACUCUGUGCCGGCAAUCAUUCCCUGGUCCACUAGUUGGUGGAAGUCCCAGUACCAAGGAGUUUAAUAAAUGGAUUGAUGAGAGGAUUGCAAACUCUGAAUCUCCUGACAUGGAUUACAGGAAAGGCGAAGUUUUGAGGUUGCUUCUGUCAUUGCUAAAAAUAGCAUGUCAGUAUUAUGGGAAAUUUCGUUCUCCUUUUGGUACUGAGGCUGUGUUAAAGGAAAGCGAUGCUCCAGAAACAGCGGUAGCAAAAUUGUUUGCAUCUGUGAAGAGGAAUGGGAUGCAAUUCAAUCAAUAUGGCGCUGUUGCCCAGUGCUUGCAGCAAUUGCCUUCUGAAGGACAGAUGCGGGCUACUGCUGCUGAGGUUCAAAUUCUUCUAGUUUCUGGAAGAAAGAAAGAAGCAUUACAAGUUGCACACGAGGGUCAGUUGUGGGGGCCAGCUCUUGUUCUCGCUGCACAACUUGGUGAACAGUUCUAUGGAGAAACGGUGAAGCAAAUGGCACUUCGACAGUUAGUAGCAGGCUCACCUUUGCGGACACUAUGCCUAUUAAUUGCAGGUCAACCGGCUGAUGUCUUUUCUGUAGAUUCUACAGUUCAAAGUGGCAUGCCUGCUGUAAAUGUGGCUCAGCAGCCUACACAGUUUGGUGCUAAUGUCAUGCUGGAUGACUGGGAAGAGAAUUUGGCUGUGAUCACUGCAAACAGAACGAAGGAUGACGAACUGGUGCUUAUUCAUCUUGGCGAUUGUUUGUGGAGAGAGAGGAGUGAUAUUGUUGCUGCACACAUUUGCUAUCUAGUGGCCGAAGCAAACUUUGAACCAUAUUCAGAUACAGCGAGAUUGUGUCUUGUGGGUGCAGAUCACUUGAAAUUUCCCCGAACUUAUGCUAGUCCAGAGGCUAUUCAGAGGACUGAGAUUUAUGAAUACUCAAAGGUGCUGGGGAAUUCUCAAUUUAUUCUCCUUCCUUUUCAACCAUAUAAACUUCUGUAUGCACACAUGUUAGCUGAAGUUGGGAGGAUAUCGGACGCAUUAAAGUACUGUCAAGCAUUGUCGAAAUCACUUAAAACUGGCCGAACCCCUGAGACUGAAACAUUGAGACAGUUAGUGUCAUCUCUCGAGGAAAGGAUUAAAACUCACCAACAGGUACCUCUUUAUCCUCUCAUCUAUGUUGAAUGAUUGUCUCAGAGUUACUUAUGGUGGA